UCCAUGAUGAUCCGAAGCUUAUUCUGUUCGUCCUGCCGAUUGAUUAUGCUUGGUGUGUCAUCCAUUGAGGAAGGAAAUGAGGGACUUAUUACGAUAGGUGUACAUAUGCAAGUACUCGUAUUCUACUUUGGUGCGUCCUUCACGAACGGCGAUCCGAAAAUAUCGAUAGGUAAUAUCCGCUCCCCUUAUUCGUAGUAAGAGUAGGCUAUGCAAAAUAUGCGCCUGCUUUUCGCUGACCUCACCUGUGUUGUGGGGGUGGACGUCGCAAUGAAUGUAGACUUGGUCGGCGUCGGAGAAACAUGCCUCGCGGAAGCUUGUCAGCUACUGCUGCCUACCAGUUGUCCUCUGACAACACCAUGGCCGGAAUUUUCAAUUGAGCUUGAUUGAAGCCCCAUCCUUUCGAACAUAACAUAUUCUCAGUCAAAAACGACGGCCAGCUUCACAUUAUUCUCAGGGCCAGAAGGGCGGUAAUCAGUGCGAAAGCUGAGCAUACAAAUACCAUCCCGACUUUGCAGAACGCCUGCACCCUAUUCCGAGCUUGCAUCAUGGUGGCGGCUCAAGAUGAAACAGUCUCGAGGCUGAAAGAUGACGACAUUGAUAAACACGAGCUGGUUCAGAGGCUGGACGAGCUGCUCGAGCAAUAUCUGCACACGGUGGACGCGUACCAGCAAGCUCAGCAAAAGCUGGCUUCCCACCUAUCUGCUGUGAGUGAUCCUAUUCGGACGACACCUGAAACACGAGCGAAGCUAACGAAGACAUGUCCAAAGGGAUAUAUUGCUCUGGCCCAUGCAAACUUCAACAAUGCAUCUGGAACCCGCUAUGGCCAGGAUUUUUACGAUGAUCGAAUGUCAGCGUCUAGACAAAUGUACGUGCGAACAUCCCAUCGGACUUCACUAUACGAUUCUCCCGAACUGCAGAAUAGCAUGAUUCGUCCUUUUCAUGAAUUCUCCGUUGACGUUUUCGCCCCCCUUGACCCGCCAAACAAAGAAGCAGACCAACCAAAAGAGAAGGAUCAAAGAGGUACGCGUACACAUUCGAGCACUGUUCCUGCAGGUUUCGAAACAGCCACAGCCCCGAAAGACCAGGCAGUCGAGCCAGGCAUUGAGAACGUGCUCGAACCGAACCAUGUCGUGACUCGUCGCGAUCCUAUUCGGUGGUUCGGAAUUCUGGUGCCUUCCGCUUUGCGAUCGGCUCAGUCAAACUUCGUGUCCGCAGUCGACGGCCCUCUGCCUCAGAUUGCAACAUUAUCCAAAGAUCUAAGACAGCAGGAGAUUGAAAUAGGACGGUUGAGGAAGCAGCUCAAGAAGAUCUGA